CAUUAAAUUGGUGUACAGUCAGAUUGAUGCAACAACACCACAAUUGAAGAUGGCGAAAAGGAACUCCCUUAUCCGCUGCAAACAGGCCCUAAAUGGCUGUACUCGGCUUCUGCUCUCCGAUAAUCCUGGACUUGAUGCCCUUCAGUCCACGAAAUACUAUUAUUACUUAAUCAUAAAGUUGAUCUGCUAGCUAACACAGAGGACGGGUCUGUGUAUGGCUAUGCAGCUAUGUUGGAGGCUCAGACACUGAGAGCAGUGCAAGUAACUUAGGCCUAUGUGUUGCUAAUAUUGUAAGUCUGAUUAGGCCAAGGGUGUAUUUUAUAUUUAGCUAGUAUAUGUAGAAUAUAUAUAUUUUGUUGUAAUGAAUGCUGGUAUUUAAAUGGCUGGAUUGCUAAAUUAGUUAGUAGUUCGCUUGAUAACGUUCCUUAGCCGCACACCCCGGCCAUAGCCGCAGUGAACGGCGCCGUCUUGUUAUAUUUUUACAGCCCUGCUAGUUACAUAAAGGUGAUUUAUUAUCGACGAGUACUGACGUCAAACAUGUUUUUGUAUUUAUUGGCAAAACAACAACUGAAGGUUUAAAACUUCAGGCAGGCUGGCUGGCUAGCUAGCUAUAAUUUCAAUGCUACCUAGCCUUAGCCGCACUACCUCGCGAUUAGCUUAAAAACAUUUACAAAGCUCACAAAGCUUCUUUGACCUAGGACAAUCCUGUAAAAACUUUUGCUAAUAUCUACAACAUAUCAGCUUUCCAACAGAUACUACUUUUGAAACCCUUUGGAAAAAUGAAUAUUUCAUCUAAACCUAGAAAUUAACAACUUCAGACCUAAACCAGGAACGUUAACGUUAAGUACUAUGGCACUGUUGGUACAGGAAUCUCAGUCCCAUCCAUGGUCUCUAUUUUUACCAAACUGUCGUCUUGCAGAAUGGAAACCAUACAGAGGAGCCUUGACUGGGCUAGGGGAGGCUGAUAAAUGUUGCUUCAGCAGACGAUCUAAUUGAUCAAGUAUCUCAGUUCAUUCAGGAGAUGCUUACCUCUGGCUGGCAUGCACAACAAGGUAAGCAGCAUUGUAGUGGGUGUGGUUGUUCGUCUGGCUGGCAUGCACGACAAGGUAAGCAGCAUUGUAGUGGGUGUGGUUGUUCGUCUGGCUGGCAUGCACAACAAGGCAAGCAGCAUUGUAGUGGGUGUGGUUGUUCGUCUGGCUGGCAUGCACAACAAGGUAAGCAGCAUUGUAGUGGGUGUGGUUGUUCGUCUGGCUGGCAUGCACGACAAGGUAAGCAGCAUUGUAGUGGGUGUGGUUGUUCGUCUGGCUGGCAUGCACGACAAGGUAAGCAGCAUUGUAGUGGGUGUGGUUGUUCGUCUGGCUGGCAUGCACGACAAGGCAAGCAGCAUUGUAGUGGGUGUGGUUGUUCGUCUGGCUGGCAUGCACGACAAGGCAAGCAGCAUUGUAGUGGGUGUGGUUGUUCGUCUGGCUGGCAUGCACGACAAGGCAAGCAGCAUUGUAGUGGGUGUGGUUGUUCGUCUGGCUGGCAUGCACGACAAGGCAAGCAGCAUUGUAGUGGGUGUGGUUGUUCGUCUGGCUGGCAUGCACGACAAGGUAAGCAGCAUUGUAGUGGGUGUGGUUGUUCAUCUGGCUGGCAUGCACAACAAGGCAAGCAGCAUUGUAGUGGGUGUGGUUGUUCGUCUGGCUGGCAUGCACGACAAGGCAAGCAGCAUUGUAGUGGGUGUGGUUGUUCGUCUGGCUGGCAUGCACAACAAGCCAGUUCCAGUUUCCGGGCUCGUCGGACUUGGAGAGGAGCUAGAGGUGCACCUUGUUAUGCCAUCACUCAAGAGCAACUGAGGUUUCUGAUGUCCUGUGCUUUCAGUGUGGCAGAUAUUCUACAUGUGUCCCGAUCGACAGUCAAACGUCAUCUAAGACACUUCAACCUGUCACAUGCACCGUUAUAUUCUGACAUGUCAGACUUGGCUCUGGAUGAAAAGAUGAAGGACUUGGUGGCUGGGAACGACAAACGUGGACCGGAGGCUGUUCGAUCACAAUUAAGGGCUCUGGGUGCAGAGACGCAGAGUGAGGGACAGCAUGCUUCGUGUUAACCCGAGGACGGCUGCCCUCAGAGCCAUGUGGCAGAGGCUGCAUAGAAGGUCAUACCAUGUUGCUGGACCAAACUUGUUAUGGCACCUUGAUGGAAACCACAAACUGAUUUGGUAGAUGUAUCUUUGUGAUAGACACAAUUAUCUAUAUCACUGGUGAGAAGUUGUACAUUGUGACAUCUCAAAUUGUUCAUCAACAACUAACAGUUCAGUAAGCAAUGGCCCCUGAUACCAUAUGUCACUCAUGUGGAUAAUAAUUGUUUUAUUGUGUUUCUGCUACUUCUGUGAUUGAUGGAAUAUCUGCAUCAUGAAAUGAACAAACAUGCUUAUAUUGAGGACAUACGGAGGCAAUAACAGUUGGAGCAAAGUAUUUGUGCCUAAGUGUGAACAACAGGAGAGUCUGUCCUCUUGACUCAUCAAGAUAAAUGUGGUUAUUUUUCCAAUUGAAGUAGAUAUUGUAAUCACACAUCUUCCGCUGCAGGAAACGGUCUAGAACAAACCCUUGUUGUAGCCUUUAGAGGGCUAACGAAAGUACUUAUAGUUGUGAUCCACGGUAGACUGUUCAUUAACAUUGUUCCACAUUUUGGAUGUUAAUUUAAUAUUUGGUCUGCUGCUUUGUUAUAUACUGCAGGGACCUGAUGCAGCAUCUAAGUGGUAAAGGAGGAUGGUGAUGUUUGUAUAUUUCACGUGUCUUCAGCUUUUGUAUCAACCAGUGCUGUAUUUUCUGAUUUAGGUGGAGGAUAGUCAUACAUGGUGGCAUUGAUGGGUACAGCCGUCUCGUUGUUUCUCCGUGCUUCCAGGAACAGUCACAGCAGUACUGUAAUGGAUUGCUUCAUGAAUGCUGUCUCCAGAUAUGGCGUUCCCUCCAGAGUUAGGACGGACCAUGGAGGAGAAAACAGCACUGUCUGCUUGUUGAAUGUAAUACAUAUUGAAAAUAUUAAUUAAAAAAUAGAGCUACAUGCAUCCUUAAAAUGUAUUCUGGACCUACACAUUGAUUACAUUCUAUAGUGAGUGAUGCAUGCGGCUACAUUUUCUUUCUGUAAAUCAUUUUCAGAACGCAAUCACAUUAUGUUUGACAGCUUUAUUGCUUUCUCCAUGUUUUUGAAAUGUAUAAUCCUUUAAAUGACCUUUUACUGACUACUUCUACAAAUGAGGCUACACUUGUGGCAGCACCUAUUCCUGUGCCCCCCCCCAUCUUCUGCACCACUUCUUGUGGCCCCCCUCCGCCUAUACCACUUCUUGUGACCCCCCUCCGCUUAUACCACUUCUUGUGGCCUUCCCUCCACCAUUCCCUGAGGCUUAUCGUCCACCUUCACCACACUCUUCUGUUGAUGUUGGUGAUGACAAUGAUUAAGUCGUCAAUGUAAAUAUUUCAAUGUCUUGUUAUUACAGAUGAAUUGUGGGAAGUAUCUGAGCUUUGUUAUUCUGAAUGUCUCUUUUAGUUUUGACCUCCAAACACUGCUGAAGUUAAUGAGAUGCCAACCAAAUUAGUGAUGAGGGACAACAUUUAUGAUUGUGCAAUGAGAGGCUUUAAGAGAGCCCGCUUUAAUCCGGAGGCAAAAAUAGACAUGGUUUUUAGGGAUGCUGACGGAAAAGGGGCAGCUGAUGAGGGUGGUCCCUCAAGAGAAUUUCUCCGGCUGCUAAUGAGUGCCAUCCAUUCCUCUGCAAUAUUUGAGGGACCUGAUUGGCAAAAAUGCCUUUCUUGCAACUCUCAAGGUGAGUAACACUUUUACACCAACAAAGACACAUUUAUUUAUGGCAAUAUAAAUGACUUGAGUAAGAAAUUUUAUUUUUGAAUGUAAUGGGUCCUUUAUUUACGGUUUGUCUUCUGUGUGACAGCACUCUAUGAUGGCGUAUACUAGCAGGUGGGCCGUAUGAUUACUGUCUGGUACAUGGGGUGUAGAGCCACAUUUUUUUUCAGAGAGGCUAUACAGGCAAGUGUCUGGCCUACAACCUCCUGUGCCAGAAAUGAAAGAAAUUGUGGAAUAUGACUUCAGGGAGAAGGUAAGUAACUGUAUACUGUGAUGGAUGUUACAUUACUGUUAAUUUGCACAAAGUUGUGCUGUAGUUCAUGAAUACUUUUCCAUAUGGAUUUGGUUUCCUUUUGUUGGCAGUCAAUCUUUUUUAAGGGUAGUGAUAAUCAGUUUUUGUUUUGAUAAUUUGCCCCAAAACACAUUUCAAUAAACAAUCUAAGAUUCAGUUAGCACAAACUGUUGACAAGGCACAGGAAGCGGUCAUGUUGGGUCCAGUGGGAUACAUUCGUACAUUGGAGAGGGAUGCCCUGGUGGAGUCAGCCACAAAGUUCUACUUAGAAAGCAGGAUACAGGAUGCUCUUGAACAGUGAGUUUCCAUAUAUCUAAGGAAUCUCAAGUUUAGUUAAAUUCUUCAGGGCAAAUUCAUUGACUUGUUUUACUUUAUAGAUUCAAAGAGGGUCUGGAGUGUCUAGGUCUCCUGCCUUACAUGAAUAGACACUCAAGCCUCUCCAGAGAGGUUUUCAUCUACGCUGAGAAACCUGUUUUGGCCAAAGACAGCUUCUCCCUUCAAAGCAGAGCGCUCCCCACCUGGUACCAAUCAAAGAGCAAUAGAGAGAAGAGUCAUAUGUUUCUGGAGGGACUGACUUCUGGAGGUGGAAAGUUCGAUGCAAAACCAUGAUCAUUGAGGGAGGAGCACAUACCCUUUAACCAUGGAGAAGGUUUUCAUUUUCACUUCGGGGGCUUCAGCAUUCCUAGGCUGGGAUUGCCAGUGGAGCCAGUUACAGUUCUCUGCAACCGCACGGCAAGCGGUACCGGAGCGCCAAGUCUAGGUCCAAGAGGCUUCUAAACAGAUUCUACCCCACAAGCCAUAAGACUAUUGAACAUCUAAUCAAAUGGCUACCCAGACUAUUUGCUGCUACUCUAUCUAUGCAUAGUCACUUUAAUAUCUCUACCUACAUGUAUUUAUUAACUCGACUAACCAGUGCCCCUGCACAUUCUCUGUACCGGUAUCCCCUCUAUAUAGUCUCGCUAUUGUUAUUUUACUGAUGCUCUUUAAUUAUUUACUUUUUUUGUAACUGCAUUGUUGGUUAAGGGCUUGUAAGUAAGCAUUUCACUGUAAGGUCUACCUGUUGUAUUUGGCGCAUGUGACAAAUACAAUUUGAUUUGAUUUAAAUAAUUAAUUUAAGGGGAAUUAUCCAAAAUGUUUAUUGCAUGACUACCUAGUGAGUUCAGAAUACUGCAGCCAAUGUUAAUUGAUGUGUCCCAAAAUAAUUGAUAUUACGAAAGUUUCUGACAGGAUUGUCCAUCAGCAAAAAAAAGUUGUGUAAUGAAAGUUUUCAAAAACAUUACAACCAACCAGAAUCAAUUGGACACAGUAAUACAUAAUGCAGCUUUAAUAUUUAAAUACAUGUAUGAUUUCUUAGUGGGUGAACUGAGCAUUAUGCAUAGUAGUUAAGUCAUGUAUGUCAAGGGACUAUGUUACAAUAUGUGCAAUGUUACCAUAAAUAAAUCUUACAGUAAUUAUGGACAUUU